AUGGGUGAUGCAAAGGUUUUAGUCGAGAUGGAGCUGGAUAGAGAUUUCCCCAAGAUUAUUGCACUUGAUGAUAAACAAGGAAACAUAUUUCUUGUCAAUGUUGAAUACACGUGGAUUCCAUCUAUGUGCGAGAGGUGUGGAAAUCUUGGCCACAAAGCGAAGCGGUGUCUUUUGACUUCUAAGCCGGUCAAUGCUAACCUCGUCACCUCUACUGCAGCAUCUGAUACUCUUGUGAUUCAGAAUCAGAAUCUGAGCAAUGACUUAGAUGAUCAAGCGUUAAUUCUCCCCAGCCAGCAACCAGAUGUGGUGACUGUUCAAGCCGUUACAUCGGGUCCCUCAGAUCAUUCCGACUUUCAACAUGAAACAGAAAACAGUCUGUUUGCAACUUUAUCACCUUCUUCUUCUCACUCUCAACAAGAGAAGCCUGCUACUCCACCAAGGUCAGUAAGCACUUUAUCCACAUUAGUAGAUUCCCAAUCUACUCCCACUGAUACACAGAUUAUGGAACCUUUUCCAUCAACCAUUAUCAACAACGAGGCUUUAGAAACUUCAGUUGUUGGUCCCUUAACCCCGCCACCUAUCCAUUGUGCAUUUGAGAGUCCUUCUCGUUUUACAGUGCUAGGAGAUGUGGAUGAAGUUGAAACUGAGCCUUCAAGCUCAUUUAACUUGACAAGAGGUGGGAGGGAAUCAAAGCCUCCUAUCAAAUACCAAAGUUUGGAGUGGAAGACAGUUCGAGGGAGAGGUAAGCAUGGUCGCCGCGGGCGAGGCUCCUCUCAUUAG